AUGGCGUCCCUAUUGCAGCCAGACAGGGUAGUCUAUCUUGUUCGUGGUGAGAAAAAGAUUCGUGCUCCCUUAUCUCAGCUGUAUUUCUGCAGGUACUGCAGUGAGCUACGAUCGCUAGAAUGUGUGUCACACGAGGUCGACUCCCACUACUGCCCAAGCUGCUUGGAAAAUAUGCCAUCAGCAGAGGCGAAGCUGAAAAAAAAUAGGUGUGCAAACUGCUUCGAUUGUCCAUGUUGCAUGCACACCUUGUCCACACGUGCAACCAAUAUCCCUUCCCCUUUACCUGAUGAUCCAACAAAAACGGCCAUGAAGAAGGCAUACUAUCUCGCCUGUGGAUUCUGUCGUUGGACUUCACGAGAUGUUGGCAUGGCCGACAAGUCAGUGGCCAGCGGAGGAUGGCAGGAACCUGAGAAUCCCCAUACUCAACGGAUCAACAAACUGAUCGAGUAUUACCAGCAGCUGGCCCAGAGGGAGAAGCUGGAGAGGGACCGAAAGAAGCUGGCCAGAAGACGCCCUUUCAUGCCUCAGGCUUUCUCGCAACACACUAUUCAUGUGGUGGAAAAGUACGGCCUGGGCACUAGGCUGCACCGCCAGAGGCCCGGAGCUCCCAUCACCAGCCUGUAUGGACUCUCCCUGAAGGAAGGUGAGGACCAGAAGGAGGUAAACAUCGAGCCAGCCCUGGCGCUGGAUGAGGUGGAGCCUUUGCCUGAGGACUUUUACACCCGACCAGUCAACUUACCCGAAGUUACCACCCUUCGCCAGAGGCUGCUCCAGCCAGACUUCCAGCCGGCAGGAGCUUCACAGCUGCACCCCAGACAUAAGCACCUCUUGAUGAAACGUUCGCUGCGCUGUAGGAAAUGUGAGCACAAUCUGAGCAAGCCUGAAUUCAAUCCAACUUCUAUUAAAUUCAAAAUCCAGCUUGUGGCAGUGAGUUACAUCCCCGAAGUGAGAAUAAUGUCCAUUCCAAACCUGCGCCACAUGAAGGAGAGUCAAGUGCUGCUGACCCUGACUAAUCCAGUAGAGAACAUUACCCAUGUUACCCUGGUUCCCUGUGAGGAAGGAGAUCCUGAUGAUGUCAACAGCACUGCUAAGGUGUUGUUGCCCACUAAGGAGCUGAUCUUGGCCGGCAAAGACGCAGCGGCUGAGUACGAUGAGCUGGCGGAGCCUCAGGACUUCCAGGACGACCCAGACGUCGUUGCCUUCAGGAAGUCCAACAAGAUUGGCUUCUUCAUCAAAGUGAUCCCGCAGCGUGAAGACGGCGAUGUCACCGUGACCUUCAAGAUCCGUCACGACUUCCGUAAUCUGGCCGCUCCCAUACGUCCAGGCGAGGAGGGGGAGCCCCCUAGUGAGACCAUCUGGCUCACACACCAUGUGGAGCUCAGCCUCGGCCCACUGGCUCCCUGAGAGCGUUUCGCACCCAUUCCGCCACAUUCAGAACCCAAACACACACACACACGCACACGCAGAUACAGAGACAGAGACAGACGCUUGUACUCUCAUAAACCAUGUACAUACGAGUAAAUUUGACGAUUGUUGUCUGGCAUUUAUCGUGGAACUCCUUCUAUCUUUUAACGGUUUGUCACAUUUGCAUAGAAACACACUUAGACAUGGCUAUUUGUACCACAUAAACACACACACACACACACAUCCUCAAUGUUAACUUUCCUGCAUAUCGACACGUAGUGCUUCAUAGAGCUAAUGGAGAGUUCCUAAACUACACGACUCACAUACGCUCACAAGGUCUGGUCUCAAAAUCACUCACUGCUAUGUGAAGCUGGAUGUAAAUCUUAAAGAACACAUCUCGCAUUGGCGUGAUUGUCCUCUCACACACACACUACACCUAGAACUGUUCCAUAAAGCUCUUUUGCUUCUCAGUGCAACACGCACACUGUCCCUCAUCACAACUCACAAUUAUUUAUCUGCAUGUGGUUGCCUUUUACCUGUUAAUGUUGCUUUUUUUUUUUAAUCCUGUGCAGAGGCUUAUUCUUCAUAGGCCAGGUGUCAAUGAAGGCUUUAGAUUGCUAUUUUGCUAUUGUACCGAUUCAGUGUUUUAUUGGCAGUCUCUAAGAGUAGUAAGACUUUUACGAAGUCCAGAACAGAGUAUAGAUGUUGUGAAACAAACUUGUAAAUGUAAAGAGAACUCAUUACGCUGGUAAAAUAGGUAUUUAAGACACUAAAUGCGAGAAAACAUAUAUGUUUUGGAGCCUUUGUGAGCAUUCUGAGAUUUGUGGAAAUAAAAAGGCCUUAAACAUGGUUAACCAGUACUAGCCAAUAAAAUAAUAUGCUUA